AGCAUUUUGCUCAACCCAAAGAUUCUGCGAUCAUGGCGUCUUGCUUCCAUUUGAAACGAGAUGAGAUCUUCCCUCAGGUGGCAAAGAAGUUCCCACAGGCAACGGACUGGCUUUGCCCCAUUCGAGGGCUCAUCAUGAAGGAUCCUGUCACUGCGGAGGACGGCUUUAACUACGAACGGGAGGCCAUUCAAGAAUGGUUUCAGCGCUCCACCAAGUCGCCACAGUCGCAAAGUGAGAUCGGAACGGAGUUGAAGCCCAACAAAGCUCUGCAAGAGGUGAUUCAGCAGUUCACUGAUUUCGCUGAGACGAUGUCAAAGGCUGGUUCCUCUUUGUCUCUGACAUGGCCAUCGCAUGGCAUGAUGCCCGAGACGGAGCGAAAGGUCACCUUGUCACUUGAGGAUGUCUCAGUGGUGAACUCCCAACCUACUCAGAUGUGCCAAGCAUUGAGCCGAUUCUUCAAAGAAGUUGACCCUGUUGAAGACUUGCUCCACAACAUGUUGAAUGGCCUGAAGCCACCCAAAAUCGUGGUGGUGGGAGACGAGAACGCUGGGAAAUCGACGAUCUUGGAGAUGUUGGCAAUGAUCCCGGUCUUUCCACGGAGGCGCAGUUGCAGCACGCUGCUGGCCAUCCAUUUGCGGCUCCGGCGGCAUCCGGGCAUGAGCAGAGCCACCUUGAGGGUCUUGCCGGCGGAUGGACAGGAGACUGGUGAGGCUGGAGAGGUGGUUUGCAUGGAUAUGCCACAGGAGAAUGGAUGGCUAAUGGUACAGGAGCAAAUGACCAGAUUGCGGAAGGAGCUGACUAAAGAGUCUGGGAUUGUUUCGGAGAAGAUCAUCGUGGUGGAAGUGCGCCGAUCCGAUGUGCCCUGCCUUGACUUGGUCGAUUUGCCUGGACUGACGACCUCACCACCAGAGAAGGCUGCGCAAAUCAACAGGAUCUAUGAGCAACAGCUUGAAGACGAUCGGCGGAAUGGGAAUCACAAUAUGUAUUUGGCGAUUGUGCCGGCGGCAGGUGACUUCGUGCCUACCAACCAUAAUGCUUGGAAGUUUAUUGAAGAGAAAGGGCUUCAGGAUCGAACGUUUGGUGUCUUCUCCAAAUGCGACCAGAACAGCGAUGCAGACUUCCUGCGGGCGGUGACCCUCGAUGAGCCUGCAGAGCAGGAUGGAUCUUCACCUGAAUCACUUGGUGCUGCCCGAUUGUCGAAUGGAUGGGUGGUCACCAUGCAGAAGCCGCCACAUGAAGGGUAUUUCAAGCACCACAACUACGAGCGUUUGAAUUGGCAACUCAAGCAGGAAGAAGAGUGGUUUUCAUCUCCCAAAGUCCCUGACCAGCAGCGCCAUUUCCCACGCCUUUUGGCGGGUCAGUGUGCUGGGAUUGCUCAGUUGGUGGCACGCUUGGAGAAUGGCUAUUGCUUGAACCUUAAGCAGAACUGGAAGGAGCUGGCUAUGGCCAAGACCUUUGAGAAAGAGGCCAUAGUGGAGUUUGAUAUCAAGAUGCUGGGAGUUGUUGAGGACUUGGAUCGACGACAACAACUGGCAGAAGAGGAAGUGCAGCGCCGACUUGGCCCCAAUUCCGAUGUGACCAAGGGGAUGUACAACCGCUUUGUGCAAGAUGUCUUGCACAAGCGGGUGCCAGAUCAGGUGCGCCAGAUAUUGGCCGACUUUGCUGUUGGGCAGAAGUGUUCGGGACAUGCGUUCAAAAAGGUGCUCCAGAAGAAGAAGGACCAGCUGACUGCUCUUUUGAAUGAUGUCUUGCAAAGGCAAAAGAGUAUGGGAGACGAAGUGGGCCAUAUCCUGAGCUUUGAAUCUAAAGUCUGUAAAGACGGCCCUUGCGACUUCAACAUCUCCACGGCCUCCCUGCGGUUGUAUCCAUCAAAAGGAUGCAAAAGCAAGUGGAACAUCCAAGAGAGGCUCCAGGAGGGACCCAUCAUUCAGCUCUGCCAUUACAAGAACUAUUUGCAAGCUAUCAUGCAGAAGUACAAAGAGAUGGUUGGAACAGCGGAAGCAAGCCUUCGAAACAGUGGUGAAAAGUUGAUUGAACGCUUCUUCGAUGUGGACUCUCUGUCUCCAUAUCUUGAGGUGAAAUCUUCCUUCCUUUGCAGCAGCGAUGGGGAGCGUGACUUCACUGAUCGUCAGGUGAUCAUUAGUUGCAAAUGGCAGGACUUUUUACACUCCUUUUUGCGAUGCUGUUAUGAACAUCUUCCUGAUCCCGUGAUGUUGCAAGAUCUAUCUCAGGGCAUUGCAGUGGGGGAUGAAACCAAUGAAGCUCGUGCCCGUUUUGACUGUCUUCAAAAGGAGUAUGGCCUGGUGAAGACCGCCAAAGAGCAUUUGAUCAGGGCGCUGGAGAUCGAAGAUGCUGAUCUCACCCGCAUGAAGUACAAGUUUGAGGUGGAUCAGCAUGCCAAGUCCGAACUCCAGGAGGCACCCAGUCUUUGCUGCGAGGUGUCUUCAGGAAGUGAUGGGAGUUGGGAGGCGAUCACGACUCCAUCGGCAACACCUGAGGCUCGUGACGAAGCUGGUGUUCAGCAGAAGGACGACGCUGACCAAGAGGAGCAUUCGAGUCUCGUGGGGGCAGAGGUUCGAAUUAGCGGUUUGCAGUCGGCUGUGGAUCUCAACGGUCUUGAGGGCAAGCUGUUGUUCUUUGACAAGGGCAGGUGGCAGGUCUCGCUCCACGAGAAGGACUCAUUAUAUCAGGCCUCGGAGGUGAUCAAGUUGAUCAAGCCCGAGAAUUUGCUCCUCCGAGGUGCCGAUGGGAUGUGGGAGUCCAUCACGUCGAAAGCCUCGCAGGUCUCCACUUCGCUGGCUGCGCCACAGCAACGCAUCUCCACCGAGAACCAACUCUUUGAAUGGGACCAAUUGAAUGAGGAGCACGACGCCGCCGAGUCUGCUGAAGUACAACAGGAGUCGGGCGCAGACUUGAACGGCUCGGCUUCUCCGCCUUUGCUUGGCGGAUCCCCAAGCGAAGAGCUCAGCAAUGAAAUUCGACAGAAGAAGGAGCAGCUGAAGGCUCAAGGCUUGAGUGGAAAGAAGUGUGACCAGGACCCAGAGGUGAAAGAGAUGGUUGAGAAGCUCCAGCAGCUGAAGAGUGCGAAAGCCACAGCGGCACCAGCCGCGGCUGCGCCGGCAUUAGCGGCUACAAUUGCUUCGGUGUUUCCCUUUGGCACACUGGCACCAGAGACACCACCAGUGCCAGCUGCUGUGGCUAAUGGCGCGGAUCUGGAUGCUGAGAUUGCAGCUUUGGGCAAUGAAAUUCGACAGAAGAAGGAGGAGCUGAAGGCUCAAGGCUUGAGUGGAAAAAAGUGUGACCAGGACCCAGAGGUGAAGUCCAUGGUGGAGAAGUUGCAAGAACUGAGAAGCCGAAAGUGAGAUGCCAUCCGAAAGUGAGUCCAACAAAUGCUGGCACCGUUCACACGCUCUGCUUGCUGCUGUUUGGAUGCUGUGUACCUUCAAACGUUGGUCUGGGUUUCAUAUUUUUACCCCUGCCAGUAUGAGGAGAGUGAACCUCGAAAGCCUGAAGUACAAGGCACUGCGCUGGGGAGCGCGCAGAGUAAUUAGCACGUUAUAUUUGUUUCUGGCCAUAGACAAUCUGCAGCUGAGCCAGCUGCUUGCCAUGUACAGUUGUGGCCCGGCACAAGUGGUAGCAAGUGGGGAGGAAUGACCAUGUACAUGUCC